UAUAUUUUACUUACUUACACACCAACUCUCUCGCAGUUCAAUCUUCAACAUCAAAUCUCAACUAAAAAUCCAAACACCUUUCCCACAGUCUCUUAGUUUUUCCUCAACUUUCCCACAAGCCAAACAUGCAUUUUAUCCUCUUCCUCUCUCUCUUACUCUUCCUCACUCAAGCCUUCUCUUCUGCACCUACAGAACUCGAUCUUCUCAUGCAAAUCAAAGACUCUUUAGACCCACAAAACCAGUUCUUGACUUCAUGGGCACCUAAAGGUGACCCAUGUAGCAGUGACUCAUUCGAUGGUGUGGCGUGUGAUGAGAAUGGGCACGUCGCUAAUAUAUCUCUUCAGGGAAGGGGUCUUUCCGGCAAGAUACCGCCAGCUAUAGGUGGGCUCAAGAGCUUGACCGGGUUGUACCUACACUUUAAUGCAUUGUAUGGGGAGAUUCCAAAGGAGAUUGCUGGCUUGAGUGAGCUUAGUGACUUGUACCUUAAUGUAAAUAAUCUCUCUGGAGAGAUUCCUCCUCAGAUUGGAGACAUCACUAGUCUUCAAGUUCUACAACUAUGUUACAACAAGUUGAGUGGGAGCAUACCAACGCAGUUGGGAUCUCUGAAUAGGCUUAGCGUUCUCGCUUUGCAAUAUAAUCAAUUAACUGGUGCAAUUCCUGCAAGCUUGGGAGAUUUGGGGAUGUUGACGAGGUUGGAUUUGAGCUUCAAUAGCCUCUUUGGUUCAGUUCCAGUGAAAUUAGCCAAUGCUCCUAAGCUUCAAGUUCUAGACAUCCGAAACAAUUCUCUGUCUGGCAAUGUACCACCAGAUCUGAAGAGACUCAACAGAGGAUUCCAAUAUCAAAACAACGCAGAACUCUGUGGGGUUGGCUUUUCUGACUUAAAAAAUUGCACAGCAACUGAUCUCUCAAAUCCUAAUAGACCUGAACCGUUCAAAACUAGUGGUGUUCCUAAAAAGGAUAUCCCAGAGUCAGCCAAUUUACCAUCUAAUUGUGGGCAAACGCGUUGCUCAAGACCGUCAAAAAGCUCACAUACUGGUAUCAUUUUGGGGGUAAUUGGAGUGUUUAUUGCAUUGACUGUUGGUGGACUUUUUACAUUCUCAUGGUACCGUCGCCGAAAACAGAAAAUUGGAAGUGCCUUUGAUACUUCUGAUGGUCGUCUUAGUACUGACCAGGCAAAGGAGGUUUGCAGGAGAAGUGCCUCUCCUCUUAUCAGUCUUGAGUAUUCAAAUGGGUGGGAUCCAUUGGCCAAAGGUCAGAGUGGAAAUGGGUUUUCUCAGGAAGUUCUUGAGAGUUUCAUGUAUAAUUUAGAAGACGUGGAGCGUGCAACUCAAUGUUUCUCGGAGAUGAAUUUGUUGGGAAAGAGUAAUUUCUCUGCAGUCUACAAGGGUAUCCUGAGAGAUGGUUCAGUUGUAGUUGUGAAGUGCAUUGCCAAGACAAGUUGCAAGACUGAUGAAGCUGAGUUUUUGAAGGGUUUGAAGAUACUGGCAUCCCUGAAACAUGAAAAUCUUGUAAGGUUGAGAGGAAUUUGCUGUUCGCAAGGCAGAGGUGAAUGCUUUCUCAUCUAUGAUUUUGUGCCCAAUGGAAGUCUGUUGCAGUAUCUUGAUGUGAAGCAGGGCAGUGAUAAGGUUCUUGAAUGGUCAACCAGAAUUUCAAUCAUACAUGGAAUUGCCAAAGGCAUUGGCUAUUUACAUGGAAAAAGAACUGGUCUAGUUCACCAGAAUUUAUCGGCCGAGAAAGUGCUCAUUGAUAGACAAUAUAAACCCUUGCUUUCCGACUCUGGCCUGCAUAAAUUACUUGCUGAUGAUAUUGUUUUCUCCAUGCUCAAAGCCAGUGCCGCCAUGGGAUACCUGGCUCCCGAAUACACCAACACUGGGCGAUUCACAGAAAAGAGAGAUAUAUAUGCAUUUGGUAUGAUUGUAUUUCAAAUUCUCAGUGGGAAACGUAAAAUCAGUCAGCUGGCUCGUUUUGCUCCAGAGUCAUCCAAAAUUGAAGAAUUUAUCGACAAAAAUCUUGAGGGGAAGUUUUCAGAACCUGAGGCAUCUAAACUCGCAAGUAUUGCUCUACUUUGCACUCACGAGUCUCCAAGCCACAGGCCGUCCAUAGAAAACGUGAUGCAAGAACUGAAUGGAUUUAUUAGUAUUUCCUAACUUGUUUUGCCUCAAUUUUCCCGCUGACAAGAGGCCAGACUGUCUAUUACUAACUGCAUGCAAAAGUUUGUGUCUCUUAGUGCCUGUGUAACUGCUCUGCCCUUGCUUGUGGACUAGAGUUGUGAAUGUUGCUUAUUAGUGUAUUGUAAUUUGUGGUCCGCGGGCCUAGAUU